AAAUGGGUAUAAAUGGGGUCCCCUUUCCAACUGAGUCACAUCCAUGAUGACCGCGUUUCUUUUGUGUGUGCUGAUGGCGGUGGUUAACCAGCAGGUGAUGGGACAUCCGCCCAGAGGUCCGCCCGGGCCACCGCCCUUUUUGGGCCAUCCCGAUCCAGAGAGCGCCAACGAAUGCCGCACUGAGGUGGGCCUAACAUCGGAGGACCGCGAGACCAAGAAAAACGGCGAACUGACUGAGAAGGAGCUGUGCUUCAUCAGGUGUUUGGGUCAGAAAAAUGGCGCUUUGAGCGACGCCGGCGCCUUGAACAUUGAAACCAUCAAGAACGAUCUUCCCGACCAUCUGGAGGACUCGGAGGCGGUGAUUGCCUGCUUGAAGAAAGUGGGCACAGUCACCACGUGCCAACACAUCAAGAAGGUGGCGAAGUGUUACCCGGAGCCCAAAGAACCCAUGGACAGAACCUGAGAAAGUGUCCCCUUCCUUAGCGUUGGCCCCAAUAAAGUCUAGUUUCAAUUGAA